AUGCCGGAUCAACCCUUUGGACGAUGGUUUCGAGGCACAGCAGUACCUAGUGGCAGCAUAAUUGGAUCAAGCAAUACGUGCUUCUUGCUCAAUGGUAAUCGCCAGUCGUGGCACUAUGGAUGGCAAUCUUCGCGGCUCAAUUGCAAGAAUUUACACGUGUUUAAGGUCUACGUCUUUGGUACAAGUGCGAGUGGAAAUGAAAAUACGUUGACGUGUAUUGCUGCUCUCGCAUCACCGGCAUUUCGGAUCUCAUCGAGUCGCAAGGCUAGAAAAACAUUUCGCUCGCCGAUGACUCAAGGCGCACUUGCUAAUGAAACUGUCGCAAACUCGAUGGAUACAGCAAGAGGAUUGCAAUUGCCUCGGAAUGUAACACCUAUUGCAAAAAGAUCUGGAGAAGGAUCGCCAUUGGGACCACAAAAUACGAAGAGUAUUGAUGAUCUUUUGGGAAAUGGAGCAAGCAGUGUUACUAGUGCUGCAGCUAAUACUACUGCUAUGUACGCUACAGCUCAACAACAGCAUCGACCACCGACGGGUUUCAUGUCGGGACAACGGGAUCCAGCUCGACGUGAACGAAAGCGUUUGACUCGAUCAGCUUCACUCAAGACGGAUUAUUUUUCGACCGUCUCGUUCUCUACACUUCAACCGCAGCAGCGCCAACAGCAACAGCAGUUUCAACCACCACAGAGACUGUCACUUACUGCAACGCAACGACCGCAGUUUGAGGGUCUCCAGGAGAAUCCUGUAUCAACGCCACCGUUGCCUGGCGUUGGCUCAUUCCUGAACAGAUCUGCAGAACCGAGAGCAGCAGAAGGUAAUCGAGCGUUCCACACCCGACGUUCGUCGCUAGCUGCACUUCCAAUGCCCGUCUCCAACUCGUUGAGCAUGUCGCGCCAGCACCAGAGAGCAGUUCCUGUGCUCACGCCGAUCACGGGUAUGAUGCAACUUCGACUGGAAAAUCACUCGCCAUACACGAGCACCCCGAUUGCGAGCUCUGCCAUGUCAUCAUCCAGUUCUGCAAUUUCUUGUGCUGGCUCAGGGAUUUCUUCUGUGAAUACAACGCGUCUUACGGCUGCAGCUUUGCACCAGCAUGCGUAUGCUUCUGCCAGGCCGUACCCGUACGUACGGCGUGAUACUUGGUUGAGCAGCUUACAAGGCAUGAUUCCAGAAGGAGGUGGCAUUCCGAUGAUGAUGAUGUCACCAACAACGACUGACAGUUAUCUGAACCGCAAGCGCAACCGCUCCACGGACUCAGAUAAGGCAAUCACGGCUGCCAUUGAGGCCUCGGAGAAAAUUCGCCCAACUUUGUCGCCCGUGUCAUCGCCUGGAUAUUCGCCUCCAAUGGUGGCUCCAGUCCCUACGGACAGUGAACUUUACCGUCGCGCACGUAUUUUGCAGCUAGCGUUCACUAUUGUUAAGCGUAUUCAUCGCUUUGAAGAAGUUGCAGCAAAGCAGAAGGAGUCGAACCCUAAGGUGUAUCGCCACUCGUUUGAGAUGAUCACUCCACCAAUGCCGACCACAUCGAAUGAGACUCUGAGGUCUCCUCGUAAAAAGUGUACACUCGUGCAGAUUCCAUUGAGUAAUCCGAAGUUGCUGCAUUUGUGCUCGAAUCUUGUGACAGUUUGUACAUCGCUGGUAAACUCUGGACGGCUGGAGGAUCUGCGUGAUAAGAUGCAUGCUUGUGCCCAGGCUGGACGUGGUGCAUUGGCUGCUUACGCACAGCUUGUGAAUUUGUUGAAUGAUGCCGUAGAGGCCCAGGUAUCGCGUCUACCACGUCGUAUGCAUAAGUCUUGGGGCGACGCGGAAUCUGCUGACGAAGGUGAGUGGGACUUGUACGAAAUGCUGAAGAGUUGCGAGCCAUGGCUACUGCAUGAGGCAUGGUGGGUGGUUCUGGAUGACGAUGACCAGCAGCAAGCAGGCGAUAAAGAGGAAGGCGCAUUGCGCCCACUACCGUACAUGAACGUGUUUGCGGACUAUUAUCACGCGAUCCGAGAUGCGGUACUUUCACCCCACGACCUGGAAGUGGCAGCCUCACUGCGUAAGGCAGCGGUUGCGGGCGCUACGGGUCUAACUGGUGAGUGGAGAGGCGAAGCCGACGAGCAUCACAUGCAGCAGCGACAGCGCGUUGCCUCUGUUCGAUCGGCUACGGCAGCGUCAUCACUUUCGUGGUUGGCACGUUGCGUUCAUACGCACACAACUAAGGUGCUCCAUAUCACCGAAACGGACACGACUAUGACGUUAUCACUUCCGAACAGUUUGGUUUCUGCUGACGCAGUUUUUCUGCUGCAAUUGGAUCAGCAAGAACCGACGGUGGUUUUUCCUCAAGACUAUUUUCCGUUCGGAUGGUCUCGGAAGCGUUCAUUGAUGGCUUAUCGUGCUUGGCGUGUACGUGGUAUUGGCGACUCAAACGGCAGUGCUGUAGCUGUUCAAUUUAUGCGCUGGCCUGACGAUAAUGAGCUUAGAGCUGUUGAAAACGAUGAGGAGGAAGAGGAGUUGGAUGAUGAUGACGCAGAGGACUUUCCCGAGGAGCCAGAGGAGGAGCCCUAUCGUUACCGUGGCCGCCAGCCAAAGCGUCUGCGUACACGAAUAACCAUCUACUUUUCGGUAUUCUCCACGACGACUCUUCAGCUACGUACAAUUGUUGAAGCGAGCCUCGCCCCUGCUGCCGCUCUGCCUGUCUCUCUGUCCGGGCAGCCUACGGAAGCGGACAUGCUGCGUUACUUUAAGUCGCCUUCGUCCUGGGAAAUGCGAUCGCAAAUUUCGCAGCAGUACACGAAGAACAUAUAA